UGCAUCCAUUACACAAAUGAACAGAUACAUGUCAAACUGUUUACUGUGUACAGCGUGACCGUCAUUGACACCCGUCAGGUGUGUGUGUCCCACAAAGCGACAGGUGUGAUGACAUGGAAUGGAUCAAACAUAGACCACCCCCCAGUUCAGCUUGCAUUCUUAACUGCAGAAAAUGGACUGAACAUGAGAGUAGAAUCCACUUUUUUCAAUGACCCAGGAAAUCCUGGAGGAGAACCGGGUCAACCAUUUCAGAACUUGUGGGAUUAUGAAGUGGUUGAGGCGUUUUUUCUGAACGAUAAAAAUCAGUAUCUGGAAGUCGAAUUGUGUCCGCAUGGCCAACACAUCGUCUUAUUGUUAAAAGGAUUCAGAGACUGUUUUGCUGACUUGUUACCAAUGAAAUAUAAUUCAACAAUUAAAGGGGAUACAUGGGAAGGAACUGCAGUCAUACCUUCAUCCUACUUUCCUCCUAACGUAUCCAAAUUUAAUGCUUACGCAAUACACGGCUCGGGAUCCGCAAGAACAUACGAGGCAUUAUAUCCAACCUUUGAAGGCAAACAUAGCGGACCUGACUUUCACCGACUUGAAUAUUUCCAGAAGAUUGAGUUUCAAACUCUAUUACCACAAAACUGGACAUCGGAUUACUAUUCCAAUGAGUGGCAACCAGUGUUACUUUAAAAAAUAAAACUGCCAUAAUGUU